AUGGCGCCUUGUGAUUGGACCGCGCAUCAAUGCUGUCUCUCUCCUUCGCGAGAAAGCCAAAGGCUUUCAUUCUCGACUUCUCCGUCUUCUCUCUGGGCGAUCUCGGCGAUCUCCGCGCCUCUCUCUUUCUCGGCGACUCAGAAUCGAAUCUCGGCGUCUCUCUCGAGUCUCGUCGUCCCUAUCUCGAACCUGGUGGUCUCUCUGUCUUCUCUCUCGGUGACUUUCAUUCUCGAGAACUCCGUCUUCUCGGUCGGUGAUCUCGUUCUCGGCGUCUCUAAAUCGAAUCGCGUCGUCUCUCUCUCGAGUCUCGUCGUCCCUAUCUCGAACCUGGUCGUCUCUCUGUCGAAGCUCGUCGUCUCUGUCUCCACUUCUCCAUCUUCUCUCCCGGUGACUUUCAUUCUCGACUUCUCCGUCAUGUCGCUCGAUGAUCUCGUUCUCGUCGUCUCUCUGUCAAGUCUCGUCCUCUCUCUCUCGAACCUCCUCGAAUCUCUCUCAAACCUCGUCUGGAAUCUCGACUCCAUCUCCUUAUCGUGGACAAGAGAUUCUCUUAUGGAUCCUUAUACUCAACAAUGUAGCUUUCAAAAUCUCUUGAACAGUCAAACUCCAAACACUCAAUGGAAUGAGUCUGUCUCUGCGUCUGUUCCUCGUGAGCCUUAUCAGACUGUCUCUGCGUCUGAUGCCUCUGUUUUCUCUUCACAAUGGAAUGAAGAUGGCAACGAUGACGUAGAGAUUGUGUCUGGCCGUAAAGAGAGGCGUAAAUGGUCACCGGUGGAAGAUGUUGUGCUGAUAAGUGCUUGGUUGAACACUUCCAAGGAUCCAGUGGUUGGGAAUGAGCAGAAAGCAAUUACGUUUUGGAAACGAAUUGCUUCUUAUUUUGCUGCGAGUCCCAAGCUGGCUGGUUUGCAAAAGAGGGGACCGGUGCACUGUAAAGCAAGGUGGGGGAAGAUCAAUGAAGGCGUGUGUAAGUUUGUUGGCUCCUAUGAAGCUGCAACGAAACAGAGAUCGAGUGGACAGAACGAGGAUGACAUCUUGAAGAUGGCUCACGCGAUUUACUUUAAUGAUUACAAGAAGAAGUACACAAUAGAGCACGCAUGGUUGGAGCUUCGCCAUGAUCAAAAAUGGCGUGGAGCAUCUACUACUAAAGAUAAAGUCAGAGAGGAUGAUAAUUCCGCACGGCCUGCUGGGGUUAAAGCAGCAAAGGCAAAAGCUAAAAAGCCUGUGAGCAAGCCGACGUUGGAAGAGGAAGGAAAGGAGUUUCACAACCUGUGGGAGAUUAGGCAGAAUGACUUUGCCCUGAAGGAUAAGCUGAACAAGCAGAAAUUGCUUGAGAGUCUCAUUGUCAAGACAGAGCCAUUAACUGAACUAGAACUUGCUUUGAAAGAUCAGCUUAUUAAGGACAUGUUGGCUUAG